AUGAAAAACCGUCUUAUUAUAUCAUCCGUCUUCCUUCAUUUACUAUUGCAACUAAUAUUGACUACUAUUUCGUCCAUACAUUGGUUUUUAUUAUUAAUUUCAUUUAUUGUCUAUACACUUAUACUUUAUAAACAAUAUUAUUAUUCGAAAAAUCCUAGUCUUUUUUGUAAUCAUUAUAUAUCAUCGAUAAUCUUUACUGCUAUUCACUUUAUAUUUGUUCUAUCUUAUAAUAAAAUACUUCCGUGGGAAAUUGGUCUUGUCAUUUUAUUCUUACUGCUUAUUCUUCAUUAUUCUCGACGAUUAGGUGCAUCAAUAUUCAGAUGGGAUCUUGUUUGGUUACCUCUUGGUCAUCAACAAGAAUAUGAUGCUAACGUGUCUAUAGUUGUAAUCAAAUUUCUUGUUUCAAGUUUACUUUUCUUUGGAUAUGUAUGUCAGUUAUGUUUAACAACAGUAUGCACACCAUCAAUGUAUUUUGAUUGGUUUCUUAUUGUUACAGAUUGUCGUUAUACCUAUUCUAAUCUACUUUCAAGUUACACAUUUGCCGGUGGUAUUCUUGUCUUAUUAUCAUGGACAGUCGUGUCAUUUCUACAUUUGAUAGUUCACCGAUUUAGAUCUUAG